UUACAAGCUAAUCUUUGUUAGGUAUGCUUUUGAUAAGAUAUACAGUUUGGAUUCAACAGCAAUGGAAAAGUUUAAUCUUGUGAAAUCGACCUUAGCACGACUCUUUGAAGAGUACCGGUGCAUGGAGAUAACUGAGGAAGAGAGGGGAUUUCAAUCACAUGCUAUUGAGGACAAUACAGUUGGAGAUGUUUUAGAUUGGGAGGAGCUAUCUAUGUAUGAGAGUUCUACUACUACUGUAAUACAAGAUAAAUCCGAAUUAGAUUUAUAUCUAGAAGAGCCAAGGAUUAAAGAUCCGACCAAGCAUUAUGAUGUAUUGGCCUUUUGGAAGUCACAAGGAUCAAAGUAUCGUGAUCUUUCUCGGAUGGCACGGGAUGUGUUGGCUAUUCCGGUAUCAACUGUUGCUUCUGAAUCAGCUUUUAGUGCUGGAGGUAGAGUUAUUGACAAAUACAGAAGUAAGCUAUUGCCUACAAAUGCUGAAGCGUUGAUUUGCCUUCGAGAUUGGAUGUUCGGAGUAGACUUUAGAGCUGAACCGGUUGAUGAUGCCAGUGAUUUGGCUAAUGCUUUGGGGAAUGUGUUGUCUUUGGAUGUGAGUGGUGAUACUAAUAUUACAGUAGAACCUACACAAAGAUCUUCUAAUGCCUCUACUGCAGCUAAUGUUUAGUCUGUUAGGUGAAAUUCCAUGGGUGGGAUUGAUGUUGAAGCACUCCAGAUUGGACGAAAUCAGGAUAAUUUUGAGUCAUGUAACUAAAUAUUUAACUUUGGGGAUGUUUGGAUACGAAUUUAAGAUUUUUUGUGAUAUUUCUAAAUAUGUUAAUUGUGGGAUGUUUGGAUAAGAAUUUGGGACUUUUUAUUAUUCUAAAUAUUUUAAUUAUGAGAUACUUGGACAAGGAUUUAGUACUUUUUAUGAUUCUAAAUAUUUUAAUUGUGGGAUGCUUGGACAGGAUAAGGAUUUAGGAUUUUUUA